GUUUGCGAGAGGGGAGGCAAAGAGCUCUCGGCCGGGUGAGCUGGGACCGGGCGGGUCGCGCAUGCGCAGUGGAGGAGUCCGAGGCCCCAGGUGGCAGGGGCUAAGAUGGCGGCGGUGGUUCAGAAUGUGGUGAAGCUCCUUGGUGAACAGUAUUAUAAGGAUGCCAUGGAGCAGUGCCACAACUACAACGCUCGACUGUGCGCCGAGAGGAGCGUCCGCUUGCCGUUCCUCGACUCGCAGACCGGAGUGGCCCAGAGUAACUGCUACAUCUGGAUGGAGAAGCGGCACAGAGGACCAGGUUUGGCGUCUGGCCAGCUCUAUUCUUAUCCGGCUCGGCGCUGGAGGAAAAAACGGCGCGCUCACCCUCCCGAAGAUCCAAGGCUUUCCUUCCCUUCUAUUAAACCAGACACUGAGCAGACACUAAAGAAAGAGGGCUUGAUCUCUCAGGAUGGCAGCAGCCUGGAGGCCCUCUUGCGGACGGACUCUCUUGAGAAACGCAGCCUGCCGGAUCCGCGCACGGACGAAGAUAGCCUUGGCGAGUUCCCUGUCACCAACAGCCGCGCACGGAAGCGCAUUUUGGAUCCUGAUGAUUUCUUGGAUGACUUGGACGAUGAGGACUAUGAAGAAGACACUCCAAAGCGUCGAGGCAAAGGCAAAGCCAAGGGUAAAGGAGUUGGAUCCGCCCGAAAAAAGCUGGAUGCGGCUAUUUUGGAAGACAGAGACAAACCGUAUGCCUGUGACAAUAGUUACAAACAAAAGCAUACCUCGAAACCUCCUGACCGAGGUAGUCCAUUCUCUCUGUCUGCUAUUUUAUUUCUUCCUGACUUUGUUCUUCUGAAAUGUUAGUUUUAAAAACUCUUUUUUGAACGAAAAAGUGGUCCUUUGAGGCAGGGCACCAAAAACCUAUCCCUCCUUGCAAUAGGCAAAUAACUUUCUCUAUAUGUAGUGUAGAACCUUAUUUCUGAAGCGUCAUUGGAAGUAUGGGGAGUUGAGUUGAGAAUUCAUGUGUUUUAUUUGAAAGGUCCAGUUCCGAGGAAAUAAAUGCACAGCUGGACUAAAGAAAAUGCACUGUUGCAUCCAUCGGUUGUGUGUUUAAAAGUCAAGUGCACAGAUCCAGAAAUGUUGUUGGUUAUAUUUUCAGACAAAACUGUCUCAUGGGAAUUAAAACACAGCAGUGAAUAGUCCUAUUUACCCUUCUAGUCAGCCAUGCCCUCGGGUACUCCAUUUUAUUCCUUAUCCCCAGCUUGUAUUCUGUCUUCCACCCCUCAGACAGUGAUGGUGAACCUUUUAGAGGCCGAGUGCCCAAACUGCAACCCAAAACCCACUUAUUUAUUGCAAAGUGCCGUGUCCCUCUGGCUUUCUAGUAACAAACUCUGGCAAACUCUGUGCUGCGGCGACGGCACAUAGUAAUGCAAAAGAGAUACAGUGGUACCCCGGGUUACGAAAAUAAUUCGUUCUGCCGCCGCGUUCGUAACCCGAAAUCCUUCGUAAGCCGAAAAAGCCAUAGGCGC